AAAUGGAAGUGACAUCACCUGACAUAGAAAGGAGGCUGACAGAAUACUUGAGCACAGUCCUAAGUUAAAGGAGAAUCUUGUGGAACAGGAAAUGAGCUCCAGUUGUGGACUGACCAUUACACUCACACAUGGCACGGAGAAGCAUACUCUCCAGGUGGUAAGUCCAGAAGAAAAUGGUGAACCCAUCUUACAGGACAUGGCUUUGAUAGUGGAGCAAGUCACUGGGGUUCCACUCAACUCACAGAAACUGAUAUGUAAAGGGAAGUCUUUAAAGGAAAUGGAACAGACCCUCUCAGUACUUGGUGUAAAAAAUGGCUGCAGAGUCAUGUUAAUUGGAAAAAGGAAUUCUACAGAAGAGGAGUCUGAAUUAAAAAAACUGAAAGAUCUUGAGAAAUCAGUAGAACUAAUGACAACCAAGCUGGAAGAUGUGAACAAAGAACUUUUAAGAAUCCAGAAGGGUUUUCUUAAUAAAAGUCUCCAAGCAGAAACUCUUAUCAAGCUUGACAAAAGAAUAAAGACAACUAUGGAACAGUUUAUGAAAAUCCUUGAACAAAUUGAUUCCAUGACAAUGCCAGAGAAUUUCUUCGACUGUAGGCUGAAAAGGAAAGGAUUGGUAAAAAAGGUUCAGGGUCUUCUUGCCCACUGUGACACAGUUGAAGGAAAUAUUGGUCAAGAAAUGGACAAACUGCAAUCCAAGAAUUUAGCACUAUUCAAGUAAAGAUUCUGUUGUGCUGGUAACAGAGCAUAACAAUUGCUCUGUGAGCAGACUCUUGGAGCAUCUAUCCAUAUUAAAUUUCAGUAUAUUCUGUUUGGUAGCACUGAUAAAUUAUUUGUUGCUUGUGUGAGAUAUUUUUCCAUUGUGCCCUUCUUUUUUUCUGGGCACAUGAUAAACAAUAAAGGGCAUCCUGCAAUUAGCAUUCUCAUUAAAACAGUUAAGGCACACAAUAUUUCUGUUGCUCAAAUUAAAAUUAUUAACUUGCUGUAUAACCGUAAAAUAUGUAAUACAGGUAAGGGAUCCCUUAUCCAGAAACCCAUUAUCCAUAAAGCUCUAAAUUACGGGAAGGAUGUCUCCCACAGGAGAUAAAUAAUAUAUAAGAAAAUUAAGACCAAUUGAAAUGCUGAUAAUUAACUUUUAGUAUGUUAUAGAAUAGCUAACUUAAAGGUGGAUUACCUUAUUAAUUAUAUCCAUCAUAAAGAUUCCUGUACAGGUAUAAAUUCUCAGUCUACAUUUUUUUACAUAUUUUUUGUCAUCUAAAUAAAGGGCAAGUGCAGAGGACCUCUUGUUUGUCUAUACGAAUUUUGUGGUUCACAGCCUCAUUGCUAUAACUUUAUUCGAACCCAUUUUUAAACAUUUUUCUCAAAUGCAUGCAUAUAGAUCUUGCAGUGCUUCUGGUUUGAUUUUUUUUUUUUUUUUUAUAUUGAUGUAUUUUUUAGAUUUUUGUAGUCUGGGUAAAUCCACUUGCUAUCUUGUGCCUAUGUGUAUAAUUGCAAAUUAGUUUACAGGGAAAGGGUCUUGCUAUUUUACAUCAGAAUAUGGACUGUUAUCUAGCACUAGAAACUGGACUGGGACCUCAGGAGCCCACCACAAAAUCUUAGACUAUAGGCCCACUCUCAAAACUAUUUUUCCUCCUUUCCUCGCCCAACCUCUGUAUUCUCCUAGUCUCUUUUAUUUACAUGCUAGCAUCUAUCUUUCCAUCUAUUUCCAAUCUUUGUUCCCAUUCAGAAAUAGGGAAUGACCAUGACGCAGGCAAAAUGGUCAGGAGCAGAAGGACCCACUGACACCCACUGGGCCCACCGGGAGAUUUCCUGUUAUCCUGGUGGACCAGUCCGACACUGACUAGAAACUGCAUGACAGUUUGUUCCAACAGCAGUUUGUCACCCACAUUUUGUCGCAGUUACAAAACACCAGAAUAUACCCUUCUAUAGACAACACCGAGAAUUCUUUCUGCUAAAACGCUUAAAUCAACUCAUUCAAAAAUGCUUCAGUAUGUGUUUUUGAGGGAUUACAUGAUUUGAGUGUUUUUAGUAGAGACAGUUGUCAGUAUUUUCUAUCGAGGGGUAUUUUCUGGCAUUUUAUAACAGCAACAAAAUGUGGGUUUUAGUAUUUGCUAUGGUAGGUAGGUUUUUUACAUAUUUUGUAGCUGUAACAAAACCCUGGCGACAAAGAGAACCUUGUGUCAUUGCCCUUUAUAUUAAGUUGAAUAAACACAAACUGUUAAUUGUUUUAUAUUGCUGCAGUGACUGCAAACUUAUUGAGCAAAUGUACACAAAAGAGUUUGUCCUUCAAGUCCAUAACCUCCCUUUAUAUCUGUCAUCUCCCCCGGAUUUGGCCCCCUCCCAACAAACUUCCUGUCAUUAUAUGCCUUCCACCGAGUUUUUUUUAGUUUCUCUGUCUAAAUUAGAUACGUGCAUGUGCAGUGAGCUUUCAGUGAUAUCAGAAGGGCUUGUGCACAUGCACAGUUAGAGACACCCUCAUUUUUCCCCUUUAAGGUUGACAUCUCUUAAAAAAAAAAAAAAAAAAAAAGAUGGAUAUGCAGAAAAUUUAAACCAGUUGAAGACAUUUGAGGUAGUGUGUGUGAGUCUAAAAUUAAA